AUUUAUACCAAUAGGUAGGUUGCAUUAGAAAGAAAGAAAUAAUAAUAAUAAAAAAGGAAAAAAAUACGACGGGCUCGAAAAUAUAACGUGUCGCUACAUAAGUUUACUAUAGUAUAAUCGGGUGUGACGUGCGUGUUAGUGUAUGUAUACGACGUAUUUGUAUACAGUAUUUACGAUCAAGUUAGCUACUGUCGAAAUAGAAACAGAAGGUGAAUAUAUAUAUAUAUACUGUGUUUAAUUAAAUCGCAUAAAAAAUAGUUUUCAAAAGUAUUCGCUUAUAAAUUAAUCGUUGGUGUGACAACGUGAUUGUUUGAAAUUAAUUGAUAGAUCGUUGAUAAAUUUGCGCCGUACAAACAGGUAGUUGCUAAAGAAGUACGUCGUUCGUGAAUAUAUUGGGUGGUAUUAUAAAGUAACUUUCAUAUCCUAGUUGAACAACGAAAGAAAAGAAAAAGGAAGAAAAUAUAAAAACGAAUGGUGUCAUCGUUAUUAUCAUCAUCAACAUCAUCACCAUUCUCAUUAUUACCGACUUGGAAUAAAAAAGAAAAAAUAAAUCGCGCGUGAUCUUGAAAUAGAAGAAAGAAGAAAGGAAGAAAAUAAGAAAGGAGCGAUUUUUGAAUCGCAUUGUAGAUAUUAAAACAAAAUAAAGAAAAAUGGAUCAAGGAUUUCCUGGGCAACAUACUACAACAACCGUCACCACUACGACGACCACCAUUCAACCAAAUGUACGAUUUGAUCCAUCUUAUAUGAGAACAUUACCUGGUAUUCUCAAAAUUUUACAAGUGAUAUUAAAUUUCUUGGGAUUCAUAUGCAUCACCGUGUCGAUUUACAGUAGCCAUAGUCGAGGAGGAUGGUUUAAUACAGUUGCUAUGGGUGGUUUUUGGUUCACCGGUGUAUUACUUGUACUUUAUUUAUUUCACAUCGUUGAAAAAUUCUCCAAAAUUCCAUGGUUGAAAAUCGAACUCAUAUUUUGUUCAAUUUGGACGAUAUUUUAUCUUCUGGCUGCUUCCUUGGCAGCCGAUUAUGGCCGAAUUGCUGAAUCAUUUGCCGUUGCAGCGUUCUUCGGUUUUUGUGCUAUGGUAGCUUAUGGUUACGACGCAUGGUUAAAGUUUAUUGCAGUUAGAAGUGGAGCAUUGGCUCAGGGUCAACAUAUGCCAAAACAAGUGACAACUGUUACCAGUCCUGCGUAUUAAAUUUGUCUAGGUAUUUGUUUGAAAAUAUACGACACACGUCUAUAAAAGUUGAUGAUGAUGGAAUUGAGAGAGAGCGAGAGAGAGAGAGAGAGGAAUAUAAAAAAACCCGAAUGAUUAUUAAAUCUCAUAGAAAGAUCUUUUGGUAUGAGAUCAUAUAUGAGUAUAUGAGAUCAUUCAACGUGUGAUCAUCAUUUUAUGUAUUUAUAUCGUACAAACUAAUACAUAUCCAUUAUACUCA